GUCAUCGCCGCGCGACGCGGCGCCUACGGGAGACCUGGGUCACGGUGUCUCCGGAGACGGGUUCCUGCGUGGCCCGGCCUCAGUUUACCACCUACUGAGUAAAGUUCUGCACGGCGGUCUACGAGGUCCCUGCAACGCUGAGGUGGCGGCCGCAGCAGGUCCUACAUCUGGGCCAGUGACUGUUUUCUUGUGCCAUCAGAGCUCGAAGGAAAAACAAUGCCUUUGGGCAGCCUGCUUGGCCUGCUGAGGCACUGUGCUGUGAGGGCAGCCUCUCCCGCACCCUGCCACCUCCACACAUCCUCUUGGAGAGCUGACAGCAGCAGAGCUUCACUCAGUCGCCUGCGCCGCCAGGCCUAUGCUCGCCUCUACCCUGUGCUGUUGGUCAAGCAGGACGGUUCCACUAUCCAUAUCCGAUACCGGGAGCCACGGCGCAUGCUAGUGAUGCCCCUAGACCUGGAUUCCCUAUCUCCAGAAGAGCGCCGGGCCCGAUUCCGAAAACGUGAGGCUCAGCUCUUGCAGAAGAGGGAGGAGGAGGAGCCAGAGAUGAUUGACAAUUUUGACACUGAACGAUACAAACGGUUUUGGACCAAGACCAAGAAGUAACUAUGUCAGGGAGUCACACCAGAGACAUUUUGUAGGAUGGAGAGGCAUCUGCCUGAAAACUACAUUCUUGAAACCGCAGCCUCCUGUCCUUGUCUUUGAUGUGGAAGUCCCGGCCUGAAACUCAUCAUUUCUGGAAAGUAUGUGCCAGUUCAAAGCCAGAUUGAAAGACUGGAGUUAAAACAGAUCAGAGGGUUUAAGGCCCAUUUAGGUCAAACCUGUGGGUUUUUGUUUAUUUGUUGGUUUGGUUUGGUUUGGGCUUUUUUUGGUUUUUUGAGACAGGGUUUCUGUGUGUAGCUUUGGAGCCCUUCCUGGAAUGCUCUGCAGGUGAGGAUAUCUUUGAACUCACAGAGAUCCUCGUGCCUCUGCCUCCCAAGUGCUGGAA